AUGCAAAUGACGAUACAUGCCAGUCGAUUUUUUCAGAAGCCGCUUGUCUUCAGGAAGGGAAACAUGAACUUCAUAAUGGAGUCCCUCGAGACGUUCUGCGAUCACGACUAUGUGGAGUACUUUCGCAAGGUGCCCGACGCUGGGCUGCUCUACACCUUCCGCGUGGCCCGGCCGGCCGCUGCCUUCUCCAUUGACAUCACCGGGAAGGUGCUGAAGACCCAGAAAGUGAUGUACAGGACUGAAAACAUAAACGGGUGCGAAUUCCUCAGGAAUCCCCUAAUGAGCAAAGUUUUCGGCAUCGUUUACAAGCAUCUGGUGGUCAAUGGCACUUUCUUUGAGUGCCCCAUCAAGCCGAAUGUGUACUUUCUGAAGAACGAGGGUGCGAUGGCGGUACUGCCCUCCUUCCAUCCGCCCGGACGCUUUCAGCUCUCCAUGAGGGUAAAAAUGGCCGAGAGCCGCCAGCCGUUUGUCAUGGAAAUGCUCUGGAAGUACAGAAUUGUUCGCAUAAAAUAAACACAUUUGCAUUUGGAGGUGUGCAAAUUGGUUUAGUUGUC